UGUCGACCUUUUUCAAGUAAUAUACUCGUAGCAAACAAUAGAAAGGAAAAGGCUUGUUCAUUAAGCAUAUUACUAGCACUUAGCACAUCAUCUUCCUAUACAAUAUUCCCUCCUUUAUAUUUCCCCUUCUUAAAAUCUUGUCUUCAAUUUUGUAUUUUAACCAAAAACAAAAGAAGAAGAAGAAGCAAAGCAUCUCCAUUCCACACAUUACACAUGACAACCUUUGCCUUGCUUUCCAUCCCAUGCAAGUAUCUAGCUUUUCCUUUGCUUACAAUUUAGACCUUUUUCUUCUCUAAUACUAAUUCUUUCUUCUUCAUAUUACACAAAAACAAUAUUAUUUCCCUAAAAAAAACCUCCCAUUUUGUAAAUCCUUAAAUUUUUUGCACCAAAAAAUUACAAAAAAAAAAUUUAAAAAUUAUUUCCCACUUAAAAGUUUGGAAUCUUUGCUCAAUUUUCACAAUUAAACCAAUGUGGAUUUUGGUUUAUUAGUCAUAUAUAACCCAUAAAAUUGCUUAACACCCCAAAAAAACACCAACUUUCUAGUCAAGUUUCAUCAUUGUUCUAGAUUUCCCAGUUUGAGCUUUUUCUCUAGAUUUAGUGGGGUUAAUUUUUUUUGUGAUUUUUUUUUUUUGGGUUUUCAAGAGCUUUGUUUUCUUCAUUCAUGGUUUAGUGUGGGAAGUGUUGAAUGUUUGUCUCUAAUAAUAUCUUCUUUCCAAAUUCAUGGCAUUGAAAGACCCCCCAUUUUCAAUCCCCUGCUUUUGUAGUCUCCUCUGUUCUUGGAUUUUGUUUCAAUUUUUCUAAUUUUUAUCAGUUUUUGUUCUGAAUCUUUUCUGGGUUUUGCCAAUUUCUCCAUAAUCAAUGAAAAACACACUAUAAAAAUCAUUUCUUUCACUUGUAAGCUAUCAAAAAACCCAAAAUUUCCUUGGUUAUUUCAACACCCACCAAUUUGAUUUCUUCAAAAAAAAAUAAAAAAAUCAUUAAGAGUACCAAAACCCCCCUAUAAAAUCACAAAAAAAUUGGAUAAAAUUCAAGUAGAAGACAUAAAAUUAGUAGUAGAAAAAUGGGUUUUUUGUCAGGAACACUAAGAGCAACUUGGGAACCAGUGAUUACAGGUGAUACAUCAACUUCAAAAUACUGGCUAAAUUGGAGGGUUUUGCUAUGUGUAAUCUUGGUAUUAAUCUCCAUGAUUUUUGCCUCAUUUCUAAUAUCAAAACAUGAAGGCCCAAGAAAAUCUUCUAAACCAAAUUUGGAUGAAGAUGAUUCAAAAGAAAAGCCAGGAAUUUUAUAUGCAGAUGAAGUUUGGAUGCCUUGUCUUAAAGGAAUGCACCCUGGUUGGCUUUUAGCUUUCAGAGUUUGUGCUUUCUUUGUGCUCUUAAUUCUCCUCAUUGUCAAUGCCAUUGUUGAUGGUGGCUCCAUUUUCUACUAUUACACUCAGUGGACUUUUACACUUGUUACCAUAUAUUUUGCGUUAGGAUCAGUGUUAUCCAUGUAUGGCUGCUAUGAUUACCACCAAAAAAUUAGUGGUGAUAGAGUUCAUAGUGAAGGAAUUGAUGCAGAAAGAGGUGUGUAUUUAGUCCCUAUGAAUAGUGGAACUCCGAAUGCAAUUAAAGCCAGUUUUAGCACCCAACAAGUUCUUCACCGGCCUCGCGCUACUGCCGGUUUCUGGGGCUAUGUCUUUCAGGUUAUAUUUCAGAUGAAUGCAGGAGCAGUGGUACUAACAGAUUGUGUAUUUUGGUUCAUAAUUGUUCCAUUCCUAGCAACCAAAAAUUAUGAUCUCAAUUUUUUCAUUAUUAAUAUGCACACAAUCAACCUUGUUUUCCUGCUUGGUGAUACCGCGUUGAAUUGCUUGAGGUUUCCUUGGUUUCGAAUUGCAUAUUUCAUCCUUUGGACAUCAUUCUUUGUCAUUUUUCAAUGGGUCCUUCAUGCUUGUAUAUCUAUUUGGUGGCCAUAUCCAUUUUUGGACUUGUCGUCCUCAUUCGCCCCAUUAUGGUAUUCUUCAGUGGCAAUAAUGCAUUUCCCAUGUUAUGGAAUCUUCUUCUUGAUAGCAAAGCUCAAGCAUAAUCUCUUGUCAAAACAUUUUCCUACGUCUUACCAAUGCUCUAGGUGAUCAAGACAAGAAAAUUACAGCCUAAACCGAAAAAGAUUUCAUGAUUUUGAACAGAUUUUAAAGAACAGGAAUACAGGAUUAAUUUUCGUUCAUUUCGAUUGUUUAAGAGAGGUAGAAAUUCAGGGUUAAGUAUACAGAUCAGGAGAUAUACAUAUACUAGAUAAAAUGUUGGCAAGUUUUGUUUUUAGAAAUGUGGUAGUUUGAAAUCAAGUAAACAUUCACAUAUAGUGGAUGUAACAAUUGUAGUUACCAUAUUAUAGGUUUUGUAUAAAAAUUGCAUAUACAGAAAUGAUGAUUUUACAAGUAUAUAUACUUAUAUUCUCAAA